UUCAUACAUAGGUUAGGAUAGAGGGAUCUGUAGAGAAAGUUUCAGAGGAAGAAUCAGACGAGUACUUUCAUAGCCGUCCACGAGGAAGUCAAAUUGGUGCACUUGUCAGCAACCAGAGUUCUGUGAUAUCUGGAAGACAUGUGCUUUAUGAAGCUUACGAGGAACUUCAAGCCAAAUAUGCAGAUGGACAGCUGAUUCCGAGACCAAAGCACUGGGGUGGUUUCCGUUUAAAACCAAAAGCUAUGGAAUUUUGGCAAGGGCAAGUGUCACGUUUGCAUGAUAGGUUGCUCUAUUCACAAAGUGAAAUUAAUGGGAAGCAAGCCUGGAAAAUUGAACGAUUGGCUCCAUAGCUUGAAAAUUACAGGUUUUUCUCAGCAAAAGUUAACGAAUACAUUUCUGGCUGAUUCUGGUUCUAGCCCUGCUGGUCCUGCUGGAGCUGCGUCGUAUGCUGGUCACUCCAUGGUUGCUGGGUUUCCAGCGCUAGAUUCGUUGGAGUGGCAAGAUGAGGCUGCUAGAGUUGAAGACGGUUGGAUUAAGGUUAAAGGCAAACAUUCUAAGCGGUCCUCGCCUUCUUUUGACAUGAUCCAUCGAUCCCACAAGAAGGGUUCUAUAGGGAAAUCCUAAGUUAGGGGGGUUGUCUUUACCCCUGUGGGCAGCUGGAACUUUCUUUGCUUUUUUCUCUCUGCUGCCCUUUGUUUGUUAUGGUUUGCCUGCAGUUGGUUCAUAGUUUGGUUUUACUUCUCAGGCAGCUUUUCUCUUUGGGGUCUCUACCCUUUCUUUGUUUUGUUCCGUCUUGUCUUGGUUCCGUUCCGUUUUGUGAACCUGAUUGAAUAUCUCAUGUUAUGGGUUGCAGGAGCCCCUUUUAAAACCUGUUUUGUACAAGGUUUUGGGUCCCUUAAAAACUUGUUUUUACUCGAUCAAAAACAUAUUCUCGUAUUUCAAUUGAGAAAGCUUCAAACA